AUUCUCACUGUGCAUGUACGGCUCAGGGAGCGUGCAGCACGGCGAUCUCCGGUGCGCUGUGUCCCUCGGACACAGCGGAUCACGGAAAGAGCCGAAGAUGUCGGCUCGGUCAUGUGAUCAGCUGUGUCCAAUCACAGCUGAUCACAUCUGUCAGCGUGAGGAGAGCUGGUAAUCGGCUUUCCACGGAGGGGACAUGUACACUGACCAUCAGGGCACUGAUGAUCAGUGUGCCCUGAUGAUCAGUGUGGCCCCAGAAGUGCCACCUGUCAGUGCCCAUCAGUGCCACAUGCCAGUGCCCAUCAGUGCCACGUGCCAGUGCCCAUCAAUGCCACAUAUCAGUGCAUACCAGUGCACAUCAUUGCCACAUAUCAGUGCCCAUCUGAGCUGCCUUUCAAUGUCACCCAUCAGU